CUUCCGGGCAGGCCGCUCUAGGAGGUUGGAGGGGAGGCCAACCAUGGAGGCGGCCGGAGUGGCCCCCAUCCGAGCCCAAUACCGCUCUACGAAAGAGGAAUUUCACACCUAUCUUGACAAGGAAGAAAAGCCGAGAAGUGACCCAGAUGGGGCCGAGAACCAUCUCAGCGCAGAGCUGGAUGAGCCCCCUGCCAAGCUACAGAAGUUGGAAAUUGAGGGGUGUGAAGAAGAGAAGCCCCCAGAAGCUGCCCGUGGAAGCACAAAAGAGCCUCAAGGACGGAAGAGGCUUCGAGGGCAGAACAAGAACCGUCCCUGCAUGAAGCCAACUCACUACGAUAAGGACCGCUUGUGUCCCUCGGUGGUUCAGGAACGUACGGAAAAAUGCUUCUAUGGCUCCAAGUGCCGUUUCCUGCACGACCUGAAGGAAUACAUGGCCACGAAGCCCCCCGACCUUGGGGAGCACUGCCUGCUCUUCGAGACAUUUGGCAGGUGCACUUACGGGGCUACCUGCAGAUUCGCUGGAGCUCACUUGGGAGAGGACUACAAGAAUGUGGUGAAUGCCGGCCUGCUGAAGCAGUGGGAAGGGAAGCUGGUGGUGAGGAACAGCCUCAGCAAAGACAUCCAGCAGCAGCUGCGCAAGAAGAAAAUGUCCUUCGCCAAAUCCAGCGAGUACCUCCGUUCCCUGGGCAAGCCCCCCCAUGCAAGAGGGCCUGGGAGCCAAGCUGCCGUGGCAGCUGCGGGGGUCUCGGGCUGUUCUGCCUCUGAAGAAACAGAGGAUCCCGGAACUGCCAGGCUGGAGGCACCGCACAAUUCCAGUGCAUCCGAAAGAGACGAUUCUGCUUUGGAAACCUUGGAGAGGCCAAGUCCCCCAGCAGGAGCCACUCUGAAGACAGCAGGUGCCGUGACGGAUGAAGACACCGUGAGACUGAGGCCGUCUGAGAAACCAAAGCUAGAUCUCUGCGGCAAGCUCUAUCUGGCCCCUCUGACAACGUGUGGCAACCUUCCAUUCCGGAGAAUAUGCAAAGGCUACGGGGCAGACGUCACCUGUGGAGAGAUGGCAGUGUGCACCAACCUCCUUCAGGGACAGUCCUCGGAAUGGGCCUUGCUGAAGCGGCACAACACUGAGGAUCUCUUUGGUGUCCAGCUGGAAGGAGCAUUUCCAGACACCAUGACCAAAUGUGCUGAGCUUCUGAACCGAACCAUUGAGGUGGAUUUUGUCGAUAUCAACGUAGGCUGCCCAAUUGACCUCGUCUAUAACAAGGGUGGUGGAUGUGCUCUGAUGACCCGCACCAAUAAGUUUGAGCAGAUAGUCCGAGGCAUGAAUUCCGUCUUGGACGUUCCCCUGACGGUGAAGAUCAGGACGGGCGUGCAAGAGAAAACAAACCUGGCUCACAAAAUAAUCCCCAGCCUCCGGGAGUGGGGAGCCUCUUUGGUCACGCUUCAUGGCCGGUCGAGAGAGCAGAGGUACACAAAGGUGGCAGACUGGGAGUACGUAGCAGAGUGUGCCAAAGUUGCCAGCCCGAUGCCUCUUUUCGGAAACGGUGAUAUUUUUUCUUUCGAAGAUGCUAACCGGGCCAUGCAGAGUGGCGUUUCAGGGAUCAUGAUUGCCCGGGGAGCGCUCAUCAAACCUUGGAUCUUCACCGAAAUCAAAGAACAGCGGCACUGGGACAUCUCUUCCACCGAGAGGCUCAACAUCCUCAAGGACUACACAAACUACGGUCUGGAACACUGGGGCUCGGACACGCAGGGGGUGGAGAAAACCAGGAAGUUCUUGCUGGAGUGGCUGUCCUUUCUGUGCAGGUACAUUCCCGUUGGCUUACUGGAGCGUCUGCCGCAGCGAAUCAACGAAAGGCCCCCGUACUACGUGGGCCGAGACUACUUGGAGACCUUAAUGGCGAGCCAAAAUGUGGACGACUGGAUUAAGAUCAGCGAGAUGCUGCUGGGCCGCGUCCCUGCCGAGUUCUCCUUCCUGCCAAAACACAAGGCGAAUUCUUACAAGUAGGGUCCCGGAGGCCAGAGGAAGCGCCGGCAUACGUCUCCUGCUGCCUUUCUGUUGAAUCAUUAAAAAAAAAUCCCGUUU